AUGGGUUUUCCGGUUGGGGUCAGAUUCAAUCCAAAGGAGGAGGAACUUGUGUGCCAUUAUCUGAAGAACAAGAUUCUGGGUCAUCCAUUAUCUAAUUUUGAAUCCCAGUUCUUGAUUGACAUCAACAUAUAUGGCGCAAACGCCACUCCCUGGGAAUUGUUCGGUUCCGAUUCCGACCAGUUUAUCCCGUGGCUUCCGACGGUGGAUACCUCAAACAAAGUCAAGCAUUCAGAAGAAAAUCUUUAUGUUUUAACCAAACUUUCGAGCGUCGGAAAAACCGACCGAUCGGAGAACAAGCAGAAGAGCAGGGUGGCCGGAUGCGGGACGUGGCACGCGAACAACACCAAAGAGCCGAUCAAUGUGAUUGGUAAGAACGGUGAAUCGAUAUUGAUCGGGUACCGGAGAAACUUCACAUUCCGAUCACCGACCCAUGAAACGGUGGGACAAUGGAAUAUGACAGAGUACAAUAUCAAUCCAAAAGCUUUCGGCCUCGCGAAAUUCAAUUGCGACGAUUAUGUUUUGUGUAAGAUUAAGAGAGAUGACACCAAAAGUUCUUUCGGUGGCAAAUUGGUUACCAAGAAGAGGAAAUCGAGAAAUAGUCCUAAAAAGAUUGUUGUUGUGGAACCAUCAUCAUCUCCUUCUUCUUCUUCAGCAUUGGAGAACAGAGUGAAUGGAAGCGAUGAUGAGAAUGUAGAGACUUUCAAUAAACCAACGCCAUUGGAGGUGUCAAGAAGGAAGAUUGCAUCUUUUAGAACGAAUGACAGGAGUUCAUUCGAGACUCGAAAACAAGAUCCAUUCACACAAAUCGAUCGGAUUGAGCAAAAUUCAAGCAAGUUUAAGCCACCCAUAACCCAAAAUUCUACGUAUCUUCAGGGGAAUCAUCGAACCGAUGUUCUCGUAUGGCCGCCUAAAAUGGAGGAGAGCCAUAAGGAGUUCAAGAAGAUUGGCUUUAAUGGUGGCUAUACGUUGGGUCUCAUGAACCCUAGACACAUUUUAAUCCGAUUUGAUGAAGAAGAUGACUAUCAACGAUGCUGGAUUAGAAUGUUUUGGAAUAUUGUGGGUUUCUCCAUACACAUUUUGAAAUGGACGCCGGGAUUCUGUUUUGAGGAAGAUCCGCCCGUCGUUCCUAUUUGGUGCUGCAACUGCUGCAAGAUUGGACGUAAAGUUAGAGACUGUCGAGUUAGAAAGCCACCACCGCCGCAAUUGAAUGAUGCUGUGAAGGAGAAUGAAUCGGUUCCAAAGAAGAAAGUCAUUAAAUUGCAGCAAUUAAAAGGGACUUGGGGCUACAAAGGUCGAAAGGAAAAUUCAGAUUUAGACGUUAAGAUUCUGCAAGUGCAACCAUUAAUUGUUAAGGCUAUCGCAAUGCAAUCCAGCGAAUCGCAACCCCUCCAAUCGCGAACCCUAGCGCAAACCUUUGAGGCGUGUGCCGGUGGAUCGACUUCAGACGUUUCCAUCAAGGUUGUUGAUGGCGCGCAUGUAUCUGUUCUUACAUCGGAGAUAACCCCUGAUAUGGUGACCACCAAUCAUUUCGUAGCUCUUGACGCAAUUGAGGAGGAGUUCACUAAAGUUGUUGACGUGGAAGGGGAGGAGAAUGUGGAAGAUUAUUAUAUUGAAGACCCUUUGCCUACGACUAAAAUUCAGAAUUCUUUGGAUGUAGCUGGUGAUCAACAUGAUGUUUUUCUGUUGGGAAACUCAAGUCCUUUGGAUGUUGAUAAGAGUUUGGAUGAUGGAGAAGUCGGGAAAGCAUCCAAUGCCGAGGAUUUGGAAGAUAAUGAACGUGGGAGUUGGUCUGAUGGAGAUGCCAAUAAUCUUAAUGUACCUAAAUCGGAAAAAAGGGAAGGUGCAGUACAUAAAAAACAUGGUCGGAAAUCAAAGGAUGAAAAGCCAAAGCAGCUAGAUGGGUUGAUCCCAAGGCGGUCUUUGCGACUGCAAUAG